CGUAUGGCAGCAGGUAGGCGUGGACGUAUCUGCCAUUUCCAAGUGCGACAACCACCCCGUCGAAAAGGCCCAGCUGCCGUUGGUCCGGACCACGUUGCUCCUCUCCAUACCACCAUACCCCUCUCUCCUCUGCACUUCUCGGGCGGUUCACAAAAACGGGUCCGAGCGUCACCGGUUGCAGUCAGUUAUUAACGAGCGCUACUCCCGGCAGCAACACAGCAGCAGCAGCAGCAGCAGCAACAGCAGAAGCAGCAGCAGCAGCCACGUACCCUCAGCAGCACAAGUCACUCAACAAAAUACAGUGAGAGAGGGAGAGAGGGAUAUACCAAAGAAAGAGAUAGACAGAGAAGAGAGAAACACACACACACACAUCAUCGGUUUUCGACUCGUUUUUCCCCUGUGGUCGAUAUUUUCAACAUUUUGAGUCGGAGAGCGGCCAACGGCAAUCGAAUUCAGUUUGUGUCGAGACGUUGUCGGUGGAACGUCGCAAUCCAUAAGAGCGCUACAUCCCACAGAUACAAAUUUACGCAGAUACGCAGAUACAAGAUACACAAGUGCCAAAGCAACCAAGUGCAGUUUUGACAAAGAAAAUAGAAAAGAUUAUUAUCUACCAAAUAUAACCAAAAAUAAAAGAAAACCAGACAACAAGUGCAAUGUCUUCCACAUCGGCAUCGCCCAUCAGCAACAUAACCGUGGACGACGAGCUCAACUUAAGCGGAGAACAAGACUUUGCUGAGGAGGAUUUCAUAGUGAUCAAGGAGGAGCGCGAAACGAGUCUCUCCCCAAUGCUAACGCCACCGCACACGCCCACCGAGGAGCCGCUGCGGCGAGUCCAUCCUGCAAUCAAUGAGGAGGCGGUGGCCACCCAGUUGCAUAUGCGACACAUGGCCCACAACCAGCAACAGCAGCAGCAGCAACAACAACAGCAGCAGCAGCAGCAACAUCGCCUCUGGUUGCAAAUGCAACAACAGCAGGCGCAGCAACAGCAACAUCCGGCUCAGUAUCCAGUUUAUCCCGGCAGCCCCGCCGAUCCCGUGGCAGUGCAUCAACAACUGGUGAACCAUUGGAUCCGCAAUGCAGCUCUCUACCAACAGCAGCAGCAGCAGCAGCAACAGCAACAACAACAGCAGCACCCACACCACGGACACCAUGGCCAUCAUCAUGGACAUCCCCAUCAUCCCCAUCAUCCACAUCAUCCUCAUCAUGUUCGUCCCUAUCCCGCCGGUCUUCAUGGUCUCCAUGCCGCCGUAGUGGGUCGCCACUUUGGAGCAAUGCCUGGCCUGAAGCUGAGUGGCUCCAGUGGAGCACCAAGUGGAGCGGGAACUGGCAGCAGUCGGCCAAAGAAGCAGUUCAUCUGCAAAUACUGCAACAGGCAGUUCACCAAGUCCUACAACCUCCUGAUUCACGAGAGAACCCACACCGAUGAGCGUCCCUACUCCUGCGACAUCUGUGGCAAGGCUUUUCGGCGGCAGGAUCACCUCCGGGAUCACCGCUACAUUCACUCCAAGGACAAGCCCUUCAAGUGCAGCGAUUGCGGCAAGGGUUUCUGUCAGUCGCGAACUCUGGCCGUGCACAAGGUGACCCACUUGGAGGAGGGUCCCCACAAGUGCCCCAUCUGCCAAAGGAGCUUCAAUCAGAGGGCCAACCUGAAGAGUCACCUGCAGAGUCACAGCGAGCAGAGCACCAAGGAGAUGGCUUCCACAGCCAGCAGUCACAAUGUGCCAAGCCAGGCAUUGAGCUCGCCUCAACCUGAGAACUUGGCACAACAGCAUCUGCCCGUCCUGGAUCUCUCCUCGUCCUCAUCCACCUCCUCUACCUCUGUCUCCGUCUCCGUCACCGUCUCCGAGAAGCCCAAGAGAAUGCUGGGCUUCACCAUUGACGAGAUCAUGAGCAGAUAGAUUGAUAGGACAGCAACGAGUCACAACACAACCUGGUUUCUGUUGAUAGAGAUUCAGAGAGAGAAUCGACCGACGCCGCCAGGCAUGGGAAAUGCCUGGAAUGGAAAACCGAGUCCAAAAGCUGGCCAAAGGUGGAAACCGCUAAAGCCUCGCCAGCAGCACAAUGCGCAGCGCCCCAGUGAGCCGACGUAGAAGAAGCUGUAGUCAAACAGUCAUCCUCCGUGCAAUUGAUCAUUGCAUUAAAAGAAUAGAAGAAAAACUAAACGAAUGCCAAAGUCCAAAUAGCAGAGGGAAAACCCUGAUGAAAAUCCAGGGAGAAAUGAAAGAAAGUAUCCUACACAAGAAAGACAAACAACUAAACAAAAAAACAAUUCCAAAACACACAC